AUAACUGCUCAUAUCUUCUGUCUUACGAGGUUGGGCAGAAAGAUUCAUUUUUGUUUUACAUUCGAAAUUUUUGCUCGUCAUAUCUAAUUUCUUACAAUGACAUUGUUCACUUUCUAGUCUAAUGGAUUUGUAAAACUCCUGUCUGGAUCUUUGAGUUGAUGGUUGAUCAUGGUGACUUUCGAUGAGAUGAUGAACAUAUGAACCAUGUUCUACUCUACCUAAUGUUUGAGCAAUGUUUCCACAACUCUAAUGUUUGGAAUGGACUGGCAUUGAUCUCUAAGAACUAAUUAGUCUCUUUUCAAUUUUUGAAGGUGGAUUUCAGGCUAGCAUAACUCUAAAAGAGAUGGAUUUUCAGUUAACAAGUGAGGGAGAUGCGCGUUCGACGACCCAAGAAGCAAGGGAAUCUGCUGCAAGACAGAUCUUGGCCAAGUUGUGCAAUGUAACAAGUCUGCCUCACUAGUUAUGGAAAUCCCCAUCUAGAGGCACUAAAACCAUUUUUACUCUUUUUGGUAUAUAUAGGAACGUUGGCUCACUACUUGGCGAAAUAUCAGUUUACUUGUGAGACACUAGGACUUUUUCUUCAGCUUCGGUUAUGGUCACCCGUGAUAUUGUUAAGGUGACUAAUAUUCUACUCUUGUUUUGUUAAAUUACUUCUCUGCUCACACAAUUAAACUGGAAAAACACAUGAAAGUGAUGAGGGCAAAGUUGAAAUAGUGAUAGCAUGUUGGUGGCUUUAAUAAUAUUCCUGGUGGCUGUGACUGGAGCCUGGUUUGCUUUUUGGUAGGAAACAGAGUCAAGGCCUAAGAAGCGCGAUGACAUCAAUUUUAGCUCCCAUGUAAAAAUGUAGUUAAAAAAUUUAAAUCAAUAUAUACAUGUUAUAUAAUAUAUAGUUAUAAUUUUA